UAUUUAAAAGCGAAAGUUUAGAAUUUGGAUUAUGGCAACAGCUGACGAACCUCCGGAAAGAGACGUGAAGGAUUUCAGAUAUCAGCAGCUAUGCAGGUUUCAGAUAGAUGAUGGCAAUUCACCAGUAGGGGGGAAGAGUCCUCAGUUAGUUGCAGCUUCCUCAAAAUACGGAGUAAUCUUUGUUGGUACAAGUAACGGAUUUAAAGUGAUACAGACAUCUGAACUGAGUAGAAUUGAUAGAGAACAUGCUAAAGACAGAACAAAAAUAAUUGUGAAAGAAUAUCCUUGCCAGGCGUCAAUAGAGUUAUCUGCCCCUCCAUCAUUGUUGGCACUUAGUUGUGACAGUCUUAGCUUGGCUGUGGUUGUAGAAAGUGAAGAUUUGUCACAAGUCUACAUAUAUGAUACUAGAAGUUUUGUCAGUCAGGGUAAUCAGGCUCAACCAUUUUUGAGGAUUAGAUUGAAUUGUGGUCUGUCAGAUUUAGCAUGGAAUCCAGAAAACCCUUCAAUGCUUGUAUGUGUAAUGGAGGAUGGCAGUGUGUCUAUAUUUGAAGCUGGUGACAAUCUGUCUAUUAAAGCAACUAUACCUGCCCAGGCAAAGGCAACAUGUGUAUCCUGGAGUCCAAAAGGAAAACAGUUAGUUGUAGGACAGAAUGAUGGACUUCUAGCCCAGUAUGAUCAAGCUUUAGUGAAGAAGAAGGAAUGGACCUGUCCAAACAUAUUAUCUGGGCAACAGAGAGUCGUUGGUAUAAUUUGGCUGUCAACUUUUAGUUUUAUGGUGGCCUACAUUGCUGAGAAUGCUGCUGCCAGUGAUCAACCCACAGUUAUCCUAAUUACUGGAAGUAAAGAAGCGCCACCUAGGUACACUUCACUUGAAGAUCCAUGUUAUGGUGGAGGCGAAGAGAGACUGAAGAAAUUUUUCUUUCAUUAUAUUCCUGCCUGGGAGAUGAUAACUGCCACAUCAAGUACUGCAAUAGAAAUAGCUGUUUUAGGGAAACACUUUGAUAACAAGACCAGUAUGGAGAGAUGGAAUUUAGAAGAUUCAGCAAGGGCAGAGAUUCCUAUGACAGCUGAUCAUUGUGAAGCUUACACUAUGGGUGUAGCUAUUGACUUCUCAUCCCAGAUGCCCCUUCCUCUUACUGAAGAGACAAUGUUGCCACCAUGCCCAAUUUUCCUGGUCUUAUCAUCAGAAGGCAUCUUAAUUCCUUUCUAUAUGGUUUACACACAUCCUGAAACUCCAUUAUUGACAUCAGCACCUGCUGUUUUGUCUGCUGAUGGAGCCAGGCAAUCUAAAGCACCACCAGUAGUGACAGGAACACUGCCAUCAGCAGGUAUUCAGCCUACACAGCCAUCAGCGCCGGCCGGACUAAGUUUCCAGUUUGUAUCAACUAAACCAGCACCUACAGCUACAGCAUCGCCGUUUAGUUUCACAUCUUCCACUACAGCGCCACCUACAGUGACACCAGCUGCAUCUCAAGCAACAUCUACCACAGGGUUUGGAAUUUCAUCAACGCAGUCAACUGGUUUUAAUUUUGGCGCUAAACCUACCAGUACUUCAACUAGUGAAUCUACUAAACCAAGUAUGUUUGGAACACCCUCAAGUGAAGCCACAUCCACCAAACCAAGUAUAUUUGGUACACAAGCUGGUGGUGCAUCUCUUUUUGGAAGUAAACCAUCCAGUGAUUCAUCAGCCCCUAAACAAAGUAUGUUUGGUGUGCCAGCUGGCAGUGGGUCUGUCUUAGGAACUUCUGGUACAGGAACUAGUGAACCCUCAUCCACAAAACAGGGACUUUUUGGGACAUCCGUUGGCGGAACAUCAAGUUUUGGAAGUACACCAAAAACAACUCCUACUGCAGCCCCUACAUCCAUUUUCUCUGCAGCCCCUACUGGAACAGGAAGUGGAUUUAGUUUUUCUGCAACUCCAUCUGGUAAUUCUACAUCCUCAAUGCCAGCUACUAGUUCUACAUCCUCUACACCAAUCUCAUUUAACUUUGCUAAGCCCUCUGGUGGAACUGUAUCAUCAUCAGCACCACCUGCCAGCAGCAAUGUUCCAACAUCUUUGUUUAGUUCCCCAGUGGCCAGUAAAUCAUUUUCCACCACAACAUCAUCUAAUGAGACAGGAUUUAAAUCUGGACCUGGACUUGGUGGUGUAGCACCAGGUAAUACUCUCCCACAGAGGCAACCUACAGGAGGCACAGGCAGACCUGAGGCAUCAAAGCAAGGUUCUCAACAAAGUCAGCCACAACCAAAUAAUUCUCAGGAAGGAUCAAAACACAAAACAGUGCAACCACGAGUAGCUACAUCUCAGCCUCAACAAUCUCAACAAGAGGAAGAGACAGUUGACAGCACCUACACAAAAAGUAUUAUGGAAGAGAUGACACAUUUUGAAGAAGAACUUAAACAGUUUAGAAAUAAGACUUUAUCUAACAAAGUUGCCGUUGGUGAUGUAAGAGAAAUGGAGAAAUUAAAGAAAAAGACAGAAGAAAUGACAAAGUUUAAUGAAGAAGUUAAAAAAUUGACAAAGGAUCAAACAAAGGAGAUUGAGGACACCAAGUCUUUGUUGUUAGAUUCCUACAGCAUGAUUGAAGAAUGUAAGAUGAGGGAACAGAGAAAUACAGACCCAAAGUAUAUCCACUUGUUAAAAUCUAAAACCUUGGAUCCUGCUAACCAAGAAAGGCUUCGGGCCCUACAACAGAAGUACCAGAUAUUAGACCGUGGACUAAGGGAAUGUGAUACUAUCCUAGAUAAUCAGUGGCAGGAAUAUCAGAAUAAGAAUAAAAAACAUGCAAGAAUAUCAACGCCAACCACAGAUUUAAUCUACCGUAGUAUCAAAAGUAACAGAAAUGUAAUUCUUCAUCAGAAUCUAGAACUUAGCGACCUUGAAAGUAAAUUAAAACAACUAAAGAUUUAUAACAAGACCUCAGCUUGGCAGGAUACUUUUAAUGAGUCAAGGAGUGCUGAGCUAUCUUCUUUAGCAGAUUCCCUACUGGAAUCAAAAUCUGCUCCCCUGUCUAGUAGUAAGGUUACAGAAACAACAAGUCCACAGAAGAUGGCUCGACUCAGGGAACAUUUGUCCAGGAGAUCUGUUCCCAGGAUUAAAUCUACUAGGCCAGAGAAUUUAUCAAUGUCAAGGAUUGUGACAGCCAGUCCAGUUGCCAGCAGAACACAACAGAGAGCACCAGCAGUACAAAAUGAGGCCCCAGUGACCAAUGGGUUCAAAGGUCAACAGCAAUUUGGCCAGCCUAAUGUGAGACCUCAAUAUCAGACUUCAUCAAUACAACAACAGGCUAGAAGUCUUACAGGAUCAUCUAUUAGAUUCCAACAGACUAAACCUGCUUAUAUGAAUGUUGGUCAAUCAGGCAUGACUAUAUCAGGUGACAGAAAUCAGUCAGGUGGAAGAUUUGAAGGUCAACCAAGAAUGAGUGAAGGCUUUAAUGCAGUGAAACGUUCCUAUGGUGUACUACCUCCUGAUGAUUUGAGACAGACCCUGAGUGGUAUAGAGGAUAUAACACCUCCCUCCUCUACUGGAUAUGAAGAGGAUGAGGAGGAUGAUGAAACAGAGACAGAAACUAACGAUGAGGAGGAGGGAUUUGGAUCACAGUACAAUAUUCCUUCUCAAGAUUCCAGUGAUAGUGAAACAGAAGUCCAGGGCUCUGGGAAGGUUACAUCAACUCCAUUAUCCUCUGUAAGACCUGACAUGCCCAAAUCAAGCCCGGUGGUAACAAGCAGAAAUUUGUUUGGGUCUCCAAAACCAUCUGACAUCAGCACAGCAGCCAAAUCAUUUUCAUUUGGAGGCACAGAUACAACAAAAGGAUUUUCAUUUGGAGGUAGCACAGAUUCAACUGGUGGAGCAAUUCCCAAAAGUUCAGAUGGGUUUGCCUUUAAAUCAAAUGCAGCCACGGCAACAAAUUUAUCAGAGAAAGUGUCGUCUGCAAGCAGCAGCAAGACUAGUAACACCCCCUCUACUGGUUAUAAGUUUGGACAGACUGGUACCUCUAAGUUUGGACAAACUGGUACCUCUACCUUUGGUUCUGAAUCUUUUUCUACAACCACAGGUUCCUCUGCAGGAUUUGACUUCACAGCUGGGAGGAAGACAGAUGAAACAAAGAAAGGCAAUAGCACUUCAGAUUUAGGUGGUGGAGAAUCAACAGCUGAUGUUUCUAAGUCAGCAUCAAAGUUGUCACUAGAUGGCACCACUUUCACAGCUAAGCCAACAAGUUCUUUUUCCUUCUCUGGAGGAGCAUCUAGUUCACAAAAUAUAACAGGACUAUUUGGUAGUAAACACAAUGUUCAGAAGACUUCAUCUAGUGACAGUACCACAAAGUCACAGGAAACGGUUGAAGGUUCCACCAAUGAAAACAAACCAGCCAGUGGAUUUUCUUUUUCCCAGUCAUUUGGUUCUAUACCACCAACUGGCAGCAGUGGAGUAGACACAACACCAAAAACUUCAAAAGACACAGGAAGUAGACAUGGGGAGACAACACCAAACCAACAGCCAAGCUCUUCAGUUUCUAGAAGUUUAUUUGGUUCUCCUACUACAGGAGCACCAUCACCUGUUAUAAGUCAUGCUACAUCUUCAGAUGAUCCUAAAAUAUCUUCAACAGGAGUAUUUGGUACCAGUUCUUCAAGUGAAACCGGUCUAUUUGGGAAACCAGCGGUCAGUCAAAGUGUAUCAAGUACUUCUAACAGUACUGGUCUGUUUGGGAAACCACAGGUCAGUCAAAGUGUAUCAAGUACUUCUAACAGUACUGGUCUAUUUGGGAAACCAGCGGUCAGUCUAAGUGAAUCAAGUACGUCUAACAAUACAGGUCUGUUUGGUAAAAAAUUGUCAACAGAUGGACAGACACCAACUGUUACUAGUUCAGAAGCUACUGCCAGCAGUGAGACAUUAAACCAACAAAAAGAGAAAAGUGAAGAAACCCUAACAAGUUCAUCAGGUGUGACAGAUGAGGUCAGUGGAUUAAAUGUGCCACCUAGUAAUGCCAGUGGAGGUGGAUUAUUUGGGCAAACAUCAAGUGCAACAACUGGAAUAUUUGGACAGACAACUUCAGCAGCAGGAACAGGUUUAUUUGGUCAGACCACUACAACAGGAGACUCGUUUGGACAAUCCAGUAGUGCAGCCUCUACCAUUGCUCCUUUUAGUCAGGGAACAACAACAUCAACUACAAGCCCAUUUGGACAAACAUCUGCAUCCACAGCUGAAAAUCUGUUCCUGCAAAAACCCUCUUCUCCUCCUUCUAGUCUGUUUGGACAGACCGAGUCCACCACUAGCUCAGGAGGAUUAUUUGGACAAACUACAACUAGUUCUGCAGGACUGUUUGGACAACCUCCCUCUAGCUCUAGUGGUUUAUUUGGUCAGCCAGCAUCAUCCUCUGGAGGAUUGUUUGGCCAGACAACAUCAGCAACAAGCUCUGGUGGUCUUUUUGGCAAGCCAACCUCUACUUCUAGUUCUGGAGGACUUUUUGGUCAGUCAACUUCAACUCCUACCUCUGGUGGCAUGUUUGGACAGACAACCUCUUCUCCUGCUGGAGGAUUAUUUGGGCAACCAGCUUCAUCAGCUGGAACCAGUGUAUUUGGGCAACCAGCUUCACCAGGUGGAACCAGUGUAUUUGGGCAACCAGCUUCAUCUGGGAGUAGUGUAUUUGGUCAACCAGCUUCAUCAGCGGGAACCAGUGUAUUUGGGCAACCAGCUUCAACUGCUGGAACCAGUGUAUUUGGGCAACCAGCUUCAACUGCUGGAACCAGUGUAUUUGGGCAACCAGCUGUAUCUUCUGGGAGUAGUGGAUUUGGGCAGCCAGCCUCAUCAGCUGGGACCAGUGUAUUUGGGCAACCAGUAUCAUCUGGGAGUAGUGGAUUUGGGCAAACAUCAGGAUUUGGACAGACUGCAUUUGGUCAGACUGCAUUUGGGCAGACAUCAAGCUCAUUUGGCGGGACAGUGACCACAUCCAGUUCUAGUGGAGGUGGUGUAUUUGGUGGAUCAAGUUUUGGUGGCCUUGGUGGCCAACCCAGUGCAGAGAGAGCUAACACCAAUGUAUUUGGUUCUUCAUCCUUUGGUACGACUACAACAAGUUCUGCAGGUUCCAUCUUUGGUAACCAAGGUAGUUCCACUUUUGGGGCCAAGAGUACCAGUGGUUUUGGAGGGGUUGGAGGUUUUACCAGUGGAGGAGGUAGUGUAGCAGCCUCAGGAUUUGGUGUUGCAGCACAGCAGACCAGUCCAUCUGGAUUUGGAGCUCCUGCUGCUUUUGGGGGUAGUCCUUCCUUUGGAACUGCUCCAGCUUUUGGUACCAGUCAAGCUUUUGGAAGUAGUCCCACAACAUUUGGUGGCAGUGGUGGAACAGGAUUCGGCAGCCAACCAGUUUUUGGUAAUCCAGUAGGUGGUAAUACUAUGUUUGGAGGAUCUCCACAGCAGGGACAAGCAGCUGGAUUUGCAGGAUAUGGAGGUACAGGAAGCAGUCCCACAUUUGAGGCUCUAGCAGGGAGUAGUAAUGUUCCAACAUUUGGUGCUUUGUCACAACAACAAAGUCCUGGAGGUGGAUUUGGAGGACAAGGAGGAGGAGGAGGGUUUGGUUCAACUCAGCAACAACCAGGUUUCGGCCAAACAACUCCACCAAGUAAUCCAUCUUUCUCUGGAUAUAGGUCUUAAUUGUGAGAUAAUCAGGUUGACAACUAUAAGAACUGAAACAAUUUAUUCCACAUACUGAGAAACAAUUAUACCACCUACUGAGAAGAAUAUAUAUACAGUGAUUUACAUUAAGGACUUUACAAAAUGUUAUAAAGACAGUUGUUAAACAAUGUGUUGAUUUUGUGGUUUAUUAAAAAAUAUCAAGCAAUAUUAGAUAUUUGAAUUCGAAAAUAAAUUAUGAAGACAUUUA